AUGGCACUCCCAAACAAAUACCAAAAUGGCAGCAUUGAUUCCUCUACCAAGGGAGUGUACAGAGCAUCACCCGUCAAGCUUAUGAUAUACGGAAAUGGAACAAGCAGCCAGCUUUCAGAUGUCAUUGUCGAACUCGGUGCUACUAAGGCCUUCAUCAUUACCGGACGCUCCCUAUACGAGAAGACUCCCGUGAUCAAGAACAUCGAGAAGACACUUGGUUCUGCACAUGGUGGUACAUUCAGCAAGAUUGGACAGCAUGCGCCGAUCCAGGACAUCAAAGAAGCCACCGCGCUGAUGGCAAAGUCCGGAUGCGAUGUACUCAUAUCGAUAGGCGGUGGUUCGCCCAUUGACUCAGCCAAAGCCAUUGCAUACAACAUCCAUGAGGAGACUGGAAAGUGGAUUCCUAGUAUCGCCGUACCAACAACAUUGAGUGUAGCGGAGACGACGCAAAACGCUGGCUUCACCACGGAAGAAAAGCACAAAAUCGCCGUGAGCAACCCAGAACUCGUACCCAAGGCUGUGGUAUACGACGGCGAACUCGCUGUAUACACACCCUUGAAUCUCUGGACAAGCACAGGGAUUCGAUCACUGGAUCAUGCAGUUGAGCUGAUGUACCACCCUCUCGCCGCCGAGAUUCCUACGAAACGCAUGUCUUUGGAGGCUAUCAAAGAUCUCUUCACAUACCUACCACAAUCGAAAGCCGACCCCAACGACGCCGAAGUGCGAACGAAGCUUUUCCUCGCUUGCUACUCCUCACUUUUCCCCUUCCUGUACACCGGUGGUGUAGGACUCAGUCACAGCAUUGGACAUGCGAUUGGUGCAACAUACAGCAUUCCGCAUGGCAUCACCAGCUGCCUCAGUCUCGCACCGACGGUACACUUCAAGGCGAGCAACCCAGAGGAGGCGAAGCAAAUCGCUAGGAUCAUCCCAUACAUCGGGAAGCAAAGUACUGGCAGCGAUGAGAAGGAUUCCCACGUCGUUGGUGAUGCUAUUGCUGGACUGGUCGAAGAGCUGGGACACAAGACCACAUUGACAGCUUACAACGUGCCGACUGGCGAUGCGGAAGAAGAGGCUAUCGCAUCGCGUGCGCUACACAGCAAAGAUCACAAGGACUUUGCUAGCUGUAAGUUGUCGCGCCUAUUCUCCGAAAAUCCUUUCGCUGACAUAUCCUGCAGUGAAGCGAAUCGUGCACGACCUGUACUAAUCGACUUGAUGAGUUUGUCAUGCAGCGUCCAUAGUAAUACACAUCUACCAAUUCAUCAUUGCGAAAGUGUGCUCAAUAUACCUGCAGCUCGUCAACGACCAUCAGCCUUUCACGCACGCGUUGGCGCGUCAGCACGCCUAUCGAUUGAGCUUGUUUUCCUCGAUACUUCGCGACUCACAACUAGAAAUCUCACGAUGCAACGUUCUCUCCUAUUCUCGGCGCGCCGCCGCGGCCCAGCGACAGGCAUGCGAUUCUUCUCAGCCAGCGCCUCUCGUCCCGCCAUCAACAAGAUUGUCUCCUCCGCGCAAGAAGCUAUCAAGGAUAUGAAGUCCGAUUCCACAGUUCUGGUCGGUGGAUUCGGCUUCUCAGGAGUCCCAAACACGCUCAUCAACGCUCUACGCGACCGAAGCGAUCUUACAAACUUCACAGUCGUCAGCAAUAACGCCGGUAUGCCCGGUGUCGGACUUGGACAGCUUCUGGAGACGAAGCAGAUCGGCACCAUGAUUGCAAGUUAUAUUGGAGACAACAAGGUGUUCGAGCAAAUGUAUCUCAAAGGUCAAUUGAGUCUGCAGUUGACCCCUCAAGGCACUAUCGCAGAGAAGUGCGCAGCCGGUGCUGCGGGUGUACCGGCUUUCUACACACCAGCGGCUUAUGGAACAAUAGUACAAACUGGCGAACUUCCUGUACGAUACAACACCGACGGCACCAUCGCGAAAAUGGCCCCUCCCAAAGAAACCCGCGAGUUCAACGGUAAAUCCUAUGUUAUGGAAGAAGCCAUCUUCGGUGACUACGCCUUCGUCAAAGUCGCCAAAGCUGAUCGUCUCGGCAACUGCCAGUUCCGCAAGGCACAGAACAACUUCAACGAAGCCAUGGGCAAGAAUGCGAAGAUGACGAUCGUCGAGGCUGAUGAGAUCGUUGAGGAUGGAGAAAUUGCACCGGAAGACAUUCAUCUCCAAGGCAUAUACGUCAAGCGGGUGAUCAAGAGCACAGUGGGCAAGGAGAUCGAGCGGAAGGUUUUCUGGAAGAGCCCCGAGGAGCAGAAAAAGGCACUGCUGGAGGGCGGCUCGACCGAAGCAUCACAAAAGCGCGAGCGCAUCAUCAAGCGCGCAGCACAAGAACUGAAGGAUGGCAUGUAUGUCAACCUCGGUAUCGGCAUGCCGCUGGCAGCACCUGCCUUCCUGCCCGAGGGCACCGAGAUCGUCUUGGAGUCUGAAAAUGGAAUCUUGGGUAUGGGAAGGUAUCCUAAGCCUGGCGAGGAGGACCCCGACCUUAUCAACGCUGGAAAAGAGACUGUGACUCUGAUCAAAGGAGCAUCAACGUUUGGAAGCCACGAGUCUUUCGGCAUGAUUCGAUCAGGUCGGAUAGACGUCGCCAUGCUGGGUGCCAUGCAAGUGAACCAAUAUGGAGACCUCGCGAACUUCAUGCUUCCUGGAAAGGUCAAAGGCAUCGGCGGUGCCAUGGACCUAGUCGCGAACCCUACACAAACCAAAGUCGUCAUCACAAUGGAACACGUCGAUAAGAAGGGCAACCCCAAGAUCCUGAACCAAUGCACAUUCCCUCUCACCGGACAAAAGUGCGUGAGCACUAUCAUUACGGACCUGGCAGUGUUCGACUGCGAUCGCGUUGAGGGAUUGACGCUGAAGGAGCAUGCGAAGGGUGUUACUGUGGACGAGAUUAGAAGCAAGACAGAAGCGCCAUUCAAAGUCAGUGAGAACUUGAAGGAGAUGAGCGUGUAG